AUUUUUGAUAUCUUUACAUUUUUUAAUGGCAUUCAAUUAAUUAAUUGCCCAGUUUUUUUUUAAAAAAACAAUUAUCGGUACGUUUUAAUUGUAUUAUUACAUGUCCGGUGAAUUAUAAACUUUAUAAUUUGGAUUUUGUGAAAACAUUGCAAAAAAAAAAAAAAAAAAAUAAAACGGACAAAGUCCAAUUCAAUCCAAUCCAAAUCGACAAUUAAACAAUUUACCAAUUUCAUCAUCACCCGUGGAUCAUCCAUUGCAUAUUUACGAAUGUGACAAUAAAUUGAAUGAAAUUAAAAAAAAAAUUACUGGCGACAAUGACAUUGACGAUGAUUAUGGUGAUGAUGAUGAUAUCGACAUCAAUUAUGGCAAUUAUUAAACUCGUUGUUUAAUGAUAAUGAUGAUGGUUAUUAAUAAACAUCAGUUAAAUUUGAAAAUAACAGUAAAAUUUUUCCCAAUUGUAAAAUCAUCAUCAUCAUCAUCAUCAUUUAUUCAGUGUUUUACGGUGAGUGGAUUGUUGAUUGUAUUGUAUAUUUGUGUGUGGAACAACAUUAGUGAAAUGAAAAAUUAUUGAAAAUGAAUCACGAAGAAAUUAUAACGAAACCAUCAAAAUUUGAUAAAUCAUUUUUCAUCAAUAAAAUCUAUAGCACAUGGGUAUUCCCGUUAUAUUAUAAAGGCCUUAAAAAUGAAAUUCAAAUGCAAGAUCUAACCAAAUGUUCAACAUCGGAUGAUACAAAAAUAUUAUGUGAUGAAUUGGAAAAAAAUUGGCAACAAGAAUUACGGAAAAAGAAUCCUAGCUUUGCAUUGGCCACAAUCAAAUCAUUCAAAAAACAUAUGUUAUUCAGUUUUAUUUUAUUUUUAUUUGAAGAAUGUUUCUUACGUAAUGUACAACCAUUAAUGUUGGCCAAAGUAAUUGAUUUUUUUGCCCGUCCAUCCGAAGAUCAAUAUCUAUGGGCAUGUUUGAAUGCAGCCGGUGUGGUUGGUGCAUCAUUUUUCUAUAUACUAUGUCAUCAUCCUGCAUGUUAUGGAUCGGUUCGUUGUGCAAUCAAAGUUCGUGUUGCAUGGUGUACAUUGAUGUAUAAGAAAGCAUUACGAUUACAUAAUUCAGCAUUUAAAAAAACAACCGUUGGUCAAAUAUUAAAUCUAAUGUCCAAUGAUGUUAGCCGUUUUGAUGAGUUUUGUAUCAUUGCAAGCUAUAUGAUUGCUGCACCAAUACAAACGAUUAUUGGAAUGUAUAUCUGUUAUCUAUACAUUGGUUAUUAUUGUUUUAUUGGUUUGGUCAUUCUCUUACUAUUCAUUCCAUUCAAUAGUUUUAAUGGUCGAAUAUUCUUAAAAGUUCGUACAAAAGUUGCUGCCCUAUCUGAUACAAGAAUUCGUAUUGUUUCGGAAAUAAUCAAAGGAAUGCGUGUAAUUAAAAUGUAUGCAUGGGAAGAUCAUUUUUCUAAAUUAAUCUCAGAAUCUAGACGUCGUGAAAUGAUUCAAAUUCGUAAUGCAACAUUUUUACGUGCAAUGAAUAUUUCCAUAUCUUUGGUUGCUGGUCGUAUCAUUUUAUUUUCAAUGUUUAUUACUUAUGUACUUCAAGGUCAUUUUUUGAAUGCCGAUAAAGUAUUUGUCGUAAUGACUAUUGUCAAUACACUUCGUCAUACAAUGACAUGGUUAUUUCCAAAUUCAAUUGCUUUACUAUCCGAAUUAUCUGUAUCAUGUAAACGUGUACAAACAUUUUUAGAAUUGGAUGAAAUUGAACAACAAUCAAUAGCAUAUCAUAAAACAAAUGUUCCAUCAAAAAAUAAUGAACCAGCCAUAUCAAUCAAACAGAUGAAUGCUAUAUGGACAAAAGGACUGGAACCACCAUCAUUGAAUGGAUUAUCAUUAGAUGUAAAAAAAGGUGAACUUAUCGCUGUCAUUGGAUCGGUUGGUGCCGGUAAAAGUACAUUUCUUAUGUCAUUAAUGAAUGAAAUACAAAUCACCACUGGUACGAUCGAAUUAAAUGGUCGUAUUGCAUAUGCAUCACAAGAACCAUGGUCUUAUAAUGGUAGUUUACGAGAUAAUGUUCUAUUUGGAAAACCAUAUAAUGGUAAAAAAUAUCAUGCUUGUAUUGAUGUUUGUGCCAUGAAACGUGAUUUGAAACAAUUACAAUAUGGUGAUCGUACACUUGUUGGUGAACGUGGUGUUACGCUUAGUGGUGGCCAAAAAGCUCGAUUAACAUUGGCACGAGCAUUAUAUAAUGAUGCCGAUAUCUAUUUAUUGGAUGAUCCAUUAAGUGCUGUCGAUGCCGAAGUAGCUAAUCAUAUAUUUGAAAAAUGCAUAUCAUAUUAUCUACGAUCAAAAACAGUUAUACUGGUUACACAUCAAAUGCAAUUCAUACGUAAAGCAUCAAGAAUUCUUGUAUUACAUGAAGGACGUCAAAUGGCUUUUGGUAGUUUUGAUGAGAUAAUCAAUUCUGGUAUCGAUCUAGUUACAUUAAUACAGCGUACAGAAAAAGAACAGGUUGAUAAAAAAUUAUCCGGUACACAGCGACAAGAUUCAGAGACACAGAAUCGUGUACGAACCGAUUCGAUGACAAGUCGUUAUUCAACAGCAACAAACAUUGUACAUGAGUUAAAUCGUGCAGAAUCUUGUGUAGAUAUAGCACCCAACGAACAGGUUAUUGCCGAUGAAGAAAAAACCAAAGGAUCAAUAAGUUCAAAAAUUUAUUGGGAAUAUAUUCGUGCCGGUUCUGGUCCAAUCUUGAUGACAUCGAUGAUUCUAUCGUCAAUAAUUUCACAAAUUCUAUUUCAUUAUACGGAUGUUUGGCUUUCUAAUUGGACAAAUCGUGAAGAUAUAGCAACAACAAAUGAUACGGAUAAUGAUCUAAUUGAUAGUGAUGACAUACAUCCAGUGGAAACGAAUAACGUAAUAAUAUAUACAACAUUGGUUGUAACACAAUUUCUUGGCAUGAUCAUACGAUCGGCUACAUUUUUCGCAAUGUGUAUAUUUGCAUCAAUCAAUCUACAUAAUCGUAUAUUUUAUUGUCUAAUGCGUUCACCGAUAUCAUUUUUCGAUACGGUUCCAACAGGACGAAUAUUGAAUCGUUUCACCAAAGAUAUGGGCAUCGUUGAUGAACAAUUACCAUUGGCUGCAUAUGAUUUAAAUCUGAUUAUUGCCCAGGUGAUUGGCACCUGUGUGGUUGUUGCCCUAUCACAAUGGUAUCUAAUAUUUCCGGCCAUUAUAAUGAUCAUAUUUAUAUUGAUUGUUCGUGCUGCAUAUAUACGUACCGCUCGUGAUCUUAAACGUUAUGAAGCGAUUGCUCGUAGCCCAUUAUUUAAUCAUAUGACUGUUACAUUGAAUGGCCUGGCAACAAUUCGUGCAUUUGAUGUAUCACAAAUAUUUACUGAUCAAUAUUAUCGUUAUCAAAAUGAUCAUACGGCUACAUAUUUUGUUUGCUAUUCAUCAUCAAGAUUUUUAGGAAUUUGUAUGGAUAUUAUUUGUAUUGGAUAUAUUGUUAUUGUCGCCACUUCAUUGAUGGCAUUCUAUCAUGGUAUUCAAAGCGGAACAGCUGGACUUGCCUUUACUAUGGCAUUAGGUUUGACAGGCAUGACACAAUGGGGCGUCAGACAAUCAGCUGAAGUGGAAAAUCAGAUGACUUCAGUUGAAAGGAUUAUCGAGUAUUCAACAUUGAAGCCAGAAGCAUCAUUAAAAUCUGAUUACAAAUUUCCAAUAAAUUGGCCACAAAAUGGACAGGUUAUCUUUGAUCACGUUUAUCUCACCUAUGAUGGGUCAUCGGCACCGGUACUAAAAGAUCUUUGUUUAGAAAUUUGUGGAGGAGAAAAGAUUGGCAUUGUUGGUCGAACUGGUGCCGGUAAAAGUUCAAUAUUGACUGCAUUAUUUCGAAUGGUUGAAAUUGAUGGAAAAAUCACAAUUGAUGGUGUCAAUUGUCGUGAUAUUGGUCUACAUGAACUUCGAUCAAAAAUGUCAAUCAUUCCACAGGAACCUGUAGCAUUUAUUGGUGCGUUGAGAAAAAAUCUCGAUCCAUUCGACGAACGUAAUGAUGAAGAAAUUUGGGAUGCAUUGGAAAAAGUUCAAUUAAAAAAUGUUGUUAAUGAAAUGUCUGGAAAACUUGAAUAUCAAUUAUCGGAAGGAGGUGGUAAUCUAAGUGUUGGUCAACGUCAACUAAUCUGUCUGGCACGUGCAUUAUUGCGACGAAAUAAAAUCCUCGUAUUGGAUGAAGCAACAGCCAAUGUUGAUCAUCAUACUGAUGAUCUAAUACAGAAAACUAUUCGUAAUAAUUUCGAAGAUUGUACGGUAAUAACCAUAGCUCAUCGUUUAAAUACAAUUAUCGAUUCAGAUCGAAUAUUAGUAUUGGAUGCUGGUCGUGUAUCACAAUUCGAUACACCUUGUAAUUUAAUUCAAGAUUUACAGGGAAUAUUCUACAAUCUAAUUCAACAAACCGGACCACAAAUGGCCGAAAAAUUGAAAGCGAUGGCAGCUGCAACUAAACGAUAGGAAAAUUUACCAAAAAUAACAAACAAACAACAAAUAAA